AGCUCUUAGGCUGUUUCCGGCCACCUCAGCGGGAAGUGAAGACGCAAGCGCCAGUAUCUUGGGAAAGUGAGGUAGAGGUUUUACUGUCCUCUCACCAGGAGAAGUGAGAACGACGCCACCGGCAGUGCGGGGUGGUGGUGGGUCCCUGUAGCCAGUGAAGAUGGUGUUGCUAACGAUGAUCGCCCGAGUGGCGGACGGGCUCCCGCUGGCCGCGUCAAUGCAGGAGGACGAACAGUCUGGCCGGGACCUUCAACAGUAUCAGAGUCAGGCUAAGCAGCUCUUUCGAAAGUUGAAUGAACAGUCCCCUACAAGAUGUACCUUGGAAGCGGGAGCCAUGACUUUUCACUACAUUAUUGAGCAGGGAGUGUGUUAUUUGGUUUUGUGUGAAGCUGCCUUCCCUAAAAAGUUGGCUUUUGCCUACCUAGAAGAUUUACAUUCAGAAUUUGAUGAGCAACAUGGGAAGAAGGUGCCUACUGUGUCUAGACCAUACUCCUUUAUUGAGUUUGAUACCUUCAUUCAGAAGACGAAGAAGCUCUACAUUGACAGUCGUGCCCGGAGAAACCUAGGCUCCAUCAACACUGAGUUACAAGAUGUGCAGAGGAUCAUGGUGGCCAAUAUUGAAGAAGUGUUGCAAAGAGGAGAAGCACUCUCAGCAUUGGAUUCAAAGGCUAACAAUUUGUCCAGUCUGUCCAAGAAAUACCGCCAGGAUGCGAAGUACUUGAACAUGCGUUCCACUUAUGCCAAACUUGCAGCUGUAGCUGUAUUUUUCAUCAUGUUAAUAGUGUAUGUGCGAUUCUGGUGGCUGUGAAGUAGUAAAUACAGUCACUGAUACGGGAGAACAUAGAACCUGGCAGGUGUAUGUUUUCAGGAAGCUGAGCUCACAGGGAAAUGUAUUAGAACCCAAAUGGAACUUCUGCCUCUAAAGACCUUGGAAGAAAACACACGUCCUGAAAAUGAAAGAUCACACCUCAUUUAAUGAAGCUUAACCCUAUAUGGAAAGUCUCUUUUGGGGGCAGCGGCUUUCUCUGGGUGCUAAGCCAUAUAUGUUAGGGAACAGUAGAUUGUUUUGUUUUUUUUCCCUCCCAGUAAGAGUUUAAAACAGCACUGACUGGGACAUUAAUCCUCUAAUAGAGCCAUCAGUGGGAUGUAAGGUAACCAACCAUGCUAGCAGCAUUCUGAAAUUCCUUCAAAGAAGGCAGCCAUUUGGGAAGUUUUUUGACUUUAAGUAACAUUCCUUUUGUUGGUGACAUUUGUGAUUUUCUAUAAUCUGAGUUUUUGAUGACCUUUCAAAGCAGACUCCAAGUAUGUGAAGGUUAAUUGCUAUGCUGCGCAGAUCCUGUCUGUUGGCCCCUGGAGGAAGUAAAUUUUGUUUUCUUUUUAUAUUUCACUUAUUUCCUAGUUGCUUUAGAGUUAAAUGAAUUAUGUUAAGAUGCCUUGAAAUUACAUAGCACUCCUUGAUUAAGAAGCUAAAGUUUUUUCUCUCGUUUACCUUUUGAACAAAAAGACUUAAAUUAGCACAUUUAUUUUGCGGCAUUUGGUUUAUAUUAAUAUGAGAGCAAUAUAGCAUAGUAUAGCCAGAGGCCCAUGGCUUAAUAAAAAGAAAAGCCCAGCUUAAAACUACUUUGUCAUCGCUCUUGCUCACUUUGUUCACUACAGUUUUUUCCACUCCUUGUUUCCUUUCUGCCAUAGUUUGUUAACAUUUUAAAAAUUCCGCUGUGCCCAGUAAUUUCACAUCCCAUAAACAUCCUCAGGAUAUUCUCAAAUUUUAAAAUGGAAAAUGUUCAGCUGUAUAGUUAUUUAAAUUUAAAACUUGUAGAUCACCUACUAAAACUUACAACUUCAUUUAUCUGAGAAGUCUCUGAGAGCACUUCAUUCCUAUUUCAGUUUAUAUAAAUUCUCCAAGAAUGUUCUAGAGAUAGGUAAUUCAUUUACAGUGGUUUCUACUAAUAAAAAUACCUAUGAUUAUUUUUCCUUUUUUGCUCAGGGAUAAUGGGGAUUUCCUUUUACUUUCUGAGGUGGAGUUUUUUAAAUGGGGAGAAUAGGCCUCUUGAAUGUUAUCACAAGGGUCUACAGUCUAUAUAACCUGUAACUCCUAUGCAUACCAUAAAUAUUUCUUUAAAUCCUAUAAGGAAGAUGAGCCUUAUUACUUCUGAACAUCUUUGGAAAGAUAACUAGUGGGCAAAUUUAUGACCCAAAGGAAUAAUCAGAGCUACUGUCCUGAUUCCUGGUAGGGAAAACAGUCUUAUUUCCUUAUGACACAGCAAAUAGAAAUGCUUAUUUUUAUUUCUUAUAAUUUACAAAACUAGAAUAAUUUUUUUCUUUCUAUUAUGGACCUAAAAUUUGUUCAUUGGAGUUUUGUGCAUGAAACCAAAGGUUACUUUUUACAGAGAAUAAGUGCUUUUUAGUCCCCUAAAAGGUUUAUUCUUUGAGUAAUGAUAUUGACAAUAAAAGUCUUUGAAAGGCUGAGAACCUAAAUAGCGGUACCGUAGCAUUCGGUGCUUCUGUAGGAGUAAGGGUGGCAGCUCAUUGUUGAGAGUUGCAUGCUGCAGCCUAAUGGUCAGCAAUGAAAUAAAUACUUCUAGAAUGUUCCCUGCAGUGUGAAGUUUUGUUGCCUAGUUUACUUAUGUACACAUAUCCUUUAUAAAUGCAUUUCUACCUAAUUUCAGUGGGGUAAUUGAAAAGAGGUGGGGUAAAUGAUGAACAAGAAAGUGGUUUUUCGUUCAGGGCAGUGGAAAAAUGAAAGAAUAAGACUCAGUACAUUCUUUGCUGUUCUUAAUACGAAAAAGCAAGAAGAUAUAACUAGAUGAAAUAUAUCAGCAAACCAAACACCUAAAAUGGAACAUGAUAAGUACUGUAUGAAGGUAUAGAAGCAUAGUAAGACAGGACACAUUUCUAUAGAAGGAGAAGAAUGGGACAUUCUAGGGAGCAUCAGUGGUAUGUGCAAGGCAUACAAAAAGAGUGACACACAUUUUGGAGAUGUAAUAGCUUUGUUCAGUUUAACUCAGGAUAAGCAGAGGUGACUGAGGAGACAGGAAAAGCUAGACUGGUAUACCGUAAUACACGGACUUGUCUGCCAAGCUAAGGUGAAGACUUACAGCUUCAAGUGAGCAUUUGGCCAUAACAUAAAAGCUAAAUUACAGAGCGAUAAGGUUGAAAGUAGGGAGAUGAGCCAGGUAUGGUGGCACAUGCCUAUAAUAUCAGCACUCAGGAGGCUGAGGCAAGAGGAUCACCAUGCGUUUGAGGCCAUCCUUAACUACAAUAGGGAGUUCAAGGCCAACCUGAACUGUAUGAGACCCUGUCUCAAUAAAAUGAAGAAGUAGGGAGAUGAAACUAAGAUACCAUCAGACACAGAAUUAAACAAGCCAGUUGCAAGUGACUUUCAAGACAGGACUGAUCAGAGGUACCAAAUUUUUUUUUAGGACUUAGUUCUCACAUUGACUUUUGAAGUAUGUUCACACUAUUCUAUGAAUAAAGGAACUUAGUGGCAAUAGAGCUCUGAGGCACUGAAGAGUUAAGCAAUUUGCCCAAAAUCACAGAGCUAGAAAGUGAUGAGCCAAGAUUUGAACGUAGGCAGUUUGGCUCUGGAAUCUCUGUUUUUAACCACCAUACUACCCAACCAAGCAAUCAAAUAAAAUAUGCACUAAAAAUAUAUUGUAAAUUUAGCAACCAGAAAUUUGACCAUGCAGGUAGAAGUAAUUCUAGAGGGCUGGUGAUGGAAGCCAGGUUGUAGUGGGUUGAGGACUGGACCAUUGGAAUUGAAGAACUACUCUCACAAGAAGCUUUUCUGUUCUUGUGACACAGAACUUCAUGGCUUAAGACAUCUCAUAAAUACCAAAAUUUAGAAAUAUAUGGUACCUUGUGCAUCAUCUAGUCAUUUAAAUGUCUAAGAGUCAUUUCUCAGCUUUUUUAGAAAUCUUUGAAAACCUGCUAAGAGGGGUGCACCUUCUCCCAGAGAAAUGUUCAUGUGUACAUGCGUACCAUGUAUGUACCAUUUCAGGCUAUUCAAGGACAACAAAGCCUGCUUAUCUUGUGGUCCCUGAUCCCUCAAUUAAGAACACCACAUACAUAGGUUGUAGAACUCAAAUUGAAGUACUCAAAGGGCUUGAAAACUUGGUUGUGAGUUAGAAAUAUUUUACAGUUUGAACAACUUUUUAAAUGAGAUGUAUUGAAAUACUGUACAAAAGCAUUUGUAUCAAAUAAUAUUUUCCUGUACUGCAUUCAGAUUUGGUUCUUCUAAAAAAAAAUUGGGGGUCUCAGUUCCUUCAAAUCACAUGUAAGGAAUUUGAAAUUUAUGUCUUCUACUUUUAUCAGAAGUUUAUCAGAAAAGCAAAAAGGAAGUGUGUAAUCACUUUUGCUCACAGGAUUUAAUAAAAUAUGUGUAAUAAAAAAAUCUCAAUUUAAAUUCCCACCUUGUUGGGACUUGAGUGUUAGUGGCCACACAGUUAAGGCGGACACAUUGGAGGUACUCAGCAAAUAUCUGCAGGAUGUAUGCACUGAAUUAUUUUUAAAAAGUACAUCUUAAGUCUGGGAAUGUUUUCAGUUGAUCAUCACGCCCACGAUUGCUUUUAUGUUGUACAGGCAAUAUUUAAUGAUCUUUUCAUAUCAACUACUUCACCACUUUUUCGUAUGAAAAAGUGACUUCAGUUUAGUGAUUAAAUACCUUGAUCAACAUACAUAUAAGGUAAAUACCACGCUGACAUUCAAACCUGGUCUGAGGCUUCGUUUUAACUACUGACAGCAGUGUGCACUGCUAACCUGGUUACUUCUUUGCAGGUUGUGUGGUAACCAUUGAGGUUUGCUGGACUGGCCAUAUAGGGGAAGGUAGUAAGACCAAUAAAAAGACUGACAGUGAUAUCUAUUUGUAUGCUUUUUUAGUCACUUGCAUUAAUUUACAGUGUGUUACUUACACACUUAAAAGUUUAAAAUAAAGUUUCUAAUUGGUUUUUCUUGA